CUCCAUCACAACUGUGGCGUGUUACGAUUACUUUUCAGAUGCGCGCUUCUGAGCCACGAAAUCUACACAGGGUCUUCUUUGUACGCAAUUAGCUUGUGUCUGGUCCUAAAAAAUGUUUGUACCUAAGACGCUUUCAUCCGCAGCUUCUCAGCGCAACCCCCGGAGGCGUCAGCGUACGAACUCAGACGAAUCACCAAAGCCUCCAAGUGCGAAAAGACAAAGAUCUAAUCUCCGUCAAAAAGACUUAGAACUAGCGUCUCACAAUCUGAACAACAAUCACACCAAGCUCGACUUCCAGGAACGCCAGCCGUCAACUUUAACUGACGAAGGCGUCGCAAAUUCAGAAACUGCUCAUUUCCACAGAAAUAUUCCUAUACGAGCGGUCAAAAGGCCUGAGAAGCGCGAGGAUGAAGGUGAAGGAACAGUGGUGCUUUCUAAAACGGAGUUCUACACCGUCACCCAGCUACCCACUUUGCCAGACCAGGUGCUUGGUUUACAAACAGGGCCUUUCAGAGGUUCAUUUGGAACUAGUCAUGGAUAUGCUUUAGCCUUAACCAAAUCGCAUGCCAUUGUCUGGGCAUAUUCGACCACAGUCCCAUCGCCUUCUCCUGCAGAUGUUUUCACCCUUGCAAUACCCGAGUCCUGCAAAGAGCCUGGUAACACUGCCCCCCUUGGGUUGCUCUUAUCUACCGUUGCAGGUGGUGUUCCGGGGUUGAUGGUGGUCAUGCCAUAUACCGGAAAAAUCAUAUACUGGGAAGCCAUAUCAAGUGCUGCAACCUUAGCUUUCUCCAGGCAGAAGCACUCUGGCAUCCAAGGCUGUAUCCCUGGCUUGCUCUCGGGCGAGCACGCUACAGACGUCAUAAACAGCGAGCCAUCUGGUGUCGUUGUUAUAUUUUCUACUGGAAGGGUUGCCCAUAUAACCAUCAGAGAUUGUCAAGGGAAGCCAGCAAUAACUGUCUCGUUCCUGAGAAGCCCCGCAGGUGGCGGUAGACCAGGCUUACUUGGAAGCUUGAGAAAUGCUCUUGGGGGUGGCUUUUACAGAAAAGACAUUGCCGCAGUUCGAGCGGGCGAAUCCCACCAGCGUGGACAACGCGAUGUCGUAAUCGCUACGUCUCAAGGUCUCUUCGAAAUUUGGGAUACCCACUGGAACAACGGUAGCAUGCUCAAACAUCAGCAUGAUGUAUAUGAUCUCUUGAGUGAAACACUUGGGCCUCUUAUCGUUGGUCAAGCCGAUGAUCAUAGGUUAAAGGUUUUAGAUUUUGUCUUGGCCGACUGCAAAAGCACUAAUGCUCGUGACGGGCCCAAUUCCUCGCUGAUAACAGCGGUUGUGGCAUCCGUCUCACAUUCUGCCCCCGGCACCGUUCGGGACAUGUUUGUCGUCCAAAUGCGAUUUUCGGACGAUGUUCAAGUCUUAUCUACUAAUACGAUUGAUUUUCAUGGACUGCGCACCCAUCUCGACUUUCCGCGUGUCAGGUUGUUUGUACCAAGUCCCGGGCAUACCGCUUUCAUUGUUGUUGGGCAGUCAAUUGUGUUGCUAUCAUUGACCAUUUCCGAACACCCUACUAUUACUCAGGAUGCGGUUUCCGUAACUCAGCAAGGGCGGGCAUUCAAGGAUAUUAUUCCUUUACGUUCUGGAGAGAGCUACGAGAUCUUAGGAAGCGGAUGUGAAAACCAGAGUGGUGAGGGCUCAUUAGCCGCAUGCCUGCUCAUGGUUCGAGAUUUCGGUAUCAUUCGUAUUGCAGCUUUGCCGAGUGAAAGAACAAAGAGCAACGUUGAUGAUGGCCGCAUCACUGCGAAGCAUAAAAUCGAACAGGCUAUAUUCUAUGGCACAAUGACCAAAAACCCACUGAACCUUACAGGUGAUGACGGAAUAGGAUUCCCAAUCAGCGAGACGGAAAAUGCUGCAUUGGAAAUAUGCCAGGAAUUGAUGCGGUCUGCAUCGGAAUUCAUUCCAUCGAAUGGGAUUUCCGUGGAUCAAAAUUUGAAACUGCGAGCUAAAGCACUCGACGACCUCGCCCUCUUGUUGACACAGCAGAAUGAGACCAUCCGCCGAGAAGUCUGGUGGCAGUUACUUUGGAGUGCGGAGAAACUGGCUGCUCAAAGAGCUAUGUGGAAGUUGGAAGACGAAGCCAGGAAAUGCGCGAGCAAAAACUCAACACUGCUGGCGCACAUAAUCGGGUUAAUGAGCGAGAAGUUCAAAACGAAGAUCGAAGAGCAGACCAAUGAUUGCGACCCAGUGCGCCAUUGGUUUCUAUAUGAUACUUUUCAAAUGGAACAUAUCGUGCCGUGGAUCUUUAAAGCCAUCAAGCCUCAAAAGGGAAGCUCUGCAAAACAGGGACGACGGAUGUCGGAGCAGCUACUCGAGGCUAGUGACUUGUCCCUAGCAGUUCUGGAGACUGCGUUUCGUUAUCGAGACGAGAAUUCUAGCCGGUAUGGCAUUGGCGACGGCUAUCUGGAGGACGGCAUAUUGACGGGUGACUACACUGGUCUUUCGGAGUUCUGGACUUCUCAGCGCUAUUGCUAUAUCGAAUUUGGACAUCUGCUGGAUCUGGAGCUUGAUAGCUGCAGAGCUUGGAUCCAGAAAACAACGAUUGGAGUUGAGCUACCCGAAACUCAAAUUGUGAGAAGGAUUGCCAAAAAUAGUUCUAGGCAGCUUCAGAUUUUAGGGCUCAUGCACUGUGAACGAGUCCGUUGGCUCUCGUCCCAAGAGAGUCAGAAACUUAUCGACGAAAGUAUUGCGACUGAACAGGCUCACAUCAAGCAACGGAAAUGGCAGCUAUUCAAGUUGGCCGGAAUAGGGCAUCUAGAUGAUGCCAUUAUGCUUGCCGAACAGUUCCGAGAUAUGGGAGCGCUCGUGGAGCUCAUAAUCGAGCUUCAGGACCAAACCAAGAGCCUUGUGACACAUCAAGAUUCGCCAAACAAAAAUGCAGGUGCUGACGAGAACGCGUCUGAGCGACUCAGUCAAAAGAUAUCCUUUUACUUUGAGAAAUUCGGGGAGUCUUGGGCCGAUUCUUUUUUCUCCCGGCAGAUCUCCAUGGGUCAAUCCGGAAUACUUUUUGCGAUGAAAAAGUUCCAGCCCUUCGUCACUCAGUUCUUACGAAAACACCCAGCUUAUCUGCGGCUGGGCUGGAUUAAUGAUGUGAUCGGUGAGAAUGACUAUGAGGGCGCUGCCCGAUCCUUGGAGAAGCUUGCCACGAAGCAUGAAUCAGAUAUAUGGAGUCAUCGUGUUGAGUUGUCCCUAGCAAAGCUUGCAAAUCUCGCGGUCUGGGAGGAAUCUCGAAUGCCAGAUAGUCUAGUCGUUCGCAAGAACGUCAGACGCUUGGAAGAUUUUGCGGAGGUUGAUGCCGUCCAAGAAGUGAUAUUCGCCUAUGUCGCGCCCGCGUUACACAAUGCAAUCGAUCAGAAGGCGGAAAUUGAUAUCGCGAUUGAACAAUUUCGCAACCCAACAGCCGCGGACAGGCCUUCAUUGCAUGAAAUAUUUAGCGAUGCUCUGGCCAAGAUUGUCACUCGACAAGUUCUCAGCUCGGAUGAGUUAGUAGACCUGCUAACGCACAUAUACCUAUCCCAGGUCUCUGAACAAGGUCAGGAUGAAAUCGUGGGGAAACAAUUCUACCUAGCUUUGCGAAUCAUCCGACUCUCUUACGACCAGCGAGAUCCACAAUAUCAUGCAGCACUACAGAAAUUGGUGUGGAGAAGAUGCAUGAUAGAUAACAAUUGGGAAAGAUUGGAAGAGGCAGCUGAGGGAUUGGGAAUGGACACCGAAAGUUUCCUUUAUGCCACAACACUCUCACGUACCCUUUGUUGGUGCCUCAGGGACGGCCUUGAUGAAGAUUCUAACUACCCUUCUAUAUACGUCCCUAACGGCCCGCACGACGUGUUGCUAAGCGAUUCUGACGCUGAUCUUAUUACAACACGUUUUCCACCUGAGCGGCGUGCCCGCAUCUCUCGUGAUCUCGCCAGGGAAAACGAAAUCCUACUUCAACAAAUCGAAAAAGGAAAGCUUAAUUUCUGGUUCAAGAACCUUUUUGACUCAGCCAAGACCACGCGUCAAGAGCCUUCUGGGGUUUCCACCGAAGAUGACAAGAAUGGCAAUGCGCAUAAUGAACCGCAAUACGAUUCAUCAACUGAGAAGGCACAGCUGAGUUGGCUCUAAGAUUUUAGAACAACACUCAGCAAUAUCUGAGUUCUUGACUAGUGCCUGCACGCUAUAAAUGAGCUCAAUUGGUUGCAGACAUGCUUCUCUUCCGUUCCGCCCUUUUGUACAUUCUUAGUAAUCCUUUCCUGGCGCUGACAUGUUUUCAGUAUCUUCUAGCAAUGCAAUUGUCUGAUAGUUGCCUUCCGUAGUUUAGGGCGAGGUUGCGGCAUCUUCUUAUCCACAUUUAAUGAUUUCUUGAAUUAGAGCAAGG